AUGGCUACAUCACAAAUCGGCUGGUAUGGCCUUGGCUCAAUGGGCCUCGCCAUGGCAAGCAAUCUCCAGCGCCAUUUAGCUGCAACAAAAGCGCUGAGCCUAGUAUAUUCCAACCGCACGCUUUCUCGCGGCGACGCGCUGCAGAAGCUCGGCGGCGUGCCUGAGCAGAGUUUUGGAGAUGUAGUGAAGAAAGCAAGCAUUAUUUUCACCAUGGUAUCAAACGAUUCCGUGCUGGAAUCCCUCAUCACAAACACCAUCAACUCCGGCACUCCUCUCGCCCAAAAGAUCUUUAUAGACUGUUCGACCGUCCACCCAGACACCAUCUCAUCCAUCUCCGCACAGCUCUCCGCCCACAAGGCUUCGUUUCUAUGCGCCCCCGUAUUUGGCGGAAACCCCGUCGCAACAGCCGGAAAACUCGUCUUUGCCCUUGCCGGAAGCACACCAGAUGUGCGGGCUAGUAUUGUCAAACCACUGAUUCAAGAUAUCAUGGGCCGCAAGGUUAUCGACUGUGGCUCCGAUCCGUCCAAGUCUUCCCUGCUCAAGAUCGCGGGCAAUAUUGUGACCGUGUCGCUCAUGGAAACCGUUGGCGAAGCACAAGUGUUUGCCGAGAAGACGGGGCUGGGCACAGAUGCGAUGGAGGAUCUGAUUACCGAGGCGUUUGGGCCGAUUGCUGGCGGAUACUCGAAACGAUUGACAACAGGUGCAUACGCACCUCCGCUCGACACGCGCCCUGGCUUUGGCGUCUCGCUCUCUAUCAAAGACGCCAAUCAUGCACUCAACAUUGCGCAGGACAAGGGCGUCGACCUGCCGUCUGUCGAGCUUGCGCACAAGAACAUGUCUGCUGCGCGAGACUACGGCGGCGAGUGUCUAGACAGUUCGUCCAUGUACGGAAUACUGCGGCAAAAGGCCGGAUUGGCGUUUUGGAAUGAGAAGAGUCGGCAGGGUGGGAAGUAG